GGGGAAACUAUUGAGGUGAUACUAGAGGAAGGUUUUAGCGAAGACGAUAAAGCACUGGCUGCGGAUCUUGCCGCAUUCCAAGAUGCUCACGCCGAGAACGAAGUGAUUAAUGCCCAAGUUCACGGCAUUGACACCGAAAAGGAUGGAGAGGAGGAAGAAGAGGAGCCAGAAUUACCUGUAGUGGAGGGUUACGAAAUGGGUAGGUAG